AUGAAUAUGGACUGCGUGUCUUCGCCAUUAUUUGUAGUCUUCGGACCGCAGACUAGCACAUGGCCAUCUCAAAAAUGUCUCUCUCAUCUACGAUAUGACCUUCUCAACGAACCCGCCUUGGCCCGCUUCACAGAUGCCGUGAGGAAUCUACCAAGCCUAUGGCCUUCGAUAGUAGAAAUCGACCCUCGUUUACGAAGUGGGGAGACGCACGGAUUACAAGCCUUUGUGGCAUUCCAAACAUGGCUUAACACCGGUGUUCUUGAGUGUGAAGCAGAGGGACUGCCAUCAAAUGCCUUAUGGUCCCCAUUGACUGUCAUUCUUCAUGUCGUAGACUAUGUGAAGUGCGUGUUACAAGGAUCAAUGUACCGGCUACGCAAUGAGAAUGGCCGCUUACCAGAGGAACUUGGACUCCAAGGCAUGUGUACGGGUUUUCUGACUACGAUUGCUGCGUCCUUAUCGGAUAAUGCAGUUGAGUUCAGCGGGUAUGCUUCAGUGGCGUUGCACUUGGCUGCCUGCAUUGGCGUUUUCGUUGACCUCAACGGUGGCUGUGACGAUCCCAAUGAGAAGAUGCAAGCAAUCGUUGUACAUUGGAAAACAGACAUACAAAGAUCACGGCUUUUUCAGACCAUGACGAAUUAUCCAGAAGCAUAUAUGUCAGUGCUAAAGGACAAUGAAAGCUCAACAAUGAUGGUCCCUCAGAUGUCUGUCCCGUCGAUAAGACAGAUCCUUUUAUCUGAGGGUAUACACGUUACCCCUCUUCGCCUGGUAGGUCGCUAUCACCACUCAUCAAACGCCGAUGCAGUAGCGAAGGUGAUACAACUUGCCCAUUUGAGGCCCAUCGAAUUCCAGUUUCCCGCCACGACAAAACUGAGGAGGCCACUACGAGCAAAUUACCACGCCGAAAUUGUUGAUUGCAGUCAACAAGACCUGAUGCUGCAUGAAAUAGCAAUCAAGUCACUUCUAACGGAGCAGGUUGAUUGGCAUUCACUUAUUAAUGCUACUUUGAAGGAUACAGUCCCCCAACCCUUUCCAUCCAUACUCGUCAUAGGGCUUACAAAUUGUCUGCCACGAGAAAUACUGAACAGGGAUCAGGGUGGGUAUAAUAUCCAAUUUUCAGAGGAAGUUCGCAACCUACAGACAAGUCCACCACUUAGCUCGGGGCUCCCACCUCCGGAACUGAACCAAGAAAAAAAUUCUAUUGCAAUCGUGGGCAUGGCCGGCCGCUUUCCUGGAGCUGAUACAUUAGAGGAAUUCUGGACGCUAUUACAACAAGCGAAGUCAACACUAACCGAAGUUCCGAGAGAUCGAUUCAAAUCAGAUGAAUUACGUCGCUCAGAAACAGGAACCCGCUUCUGGGGGAAUUUUAUUGGUGAUAUGGAUUCGUUUGACCGUAAAUUCUUCAAUAUUUCCUCGCGAGAAGCAACGUCAAUGGACCCGCAGCAGAGACUCGUCCUUCAAGUUGCUGUUGAGGCAAUGCAAUCGGCCGAAUAUUUCAGUCAUGGAAAUAAUUACAGUACAGAUUUUGGAUGCUAUCUUGGGGUGGGAUCUGUCGACUAUCAUGAUAACAUAUACUCCCAUCAACCUACGGCAUAUUCGGCUGUAGGGUCUUUGAGGGCAUUCCUAAGCGGGAGGAUCGCCCAUUAUUUUGGGUGGACUGGUCCGUCAAUUACAUACGAUACUGCGUGCUCAUCAUCUCUGGUAGCAAUACAUUCUGCUUGCAAAGCACUCUUGGCGGGCGAGUGUAGUGGUGCGCUUGCUGGAGGAGUGAAUAUAAUUACCAGUCCGGCAUUAUAUCAGAACCUUGGAGCAGCGUCGUUUUUGAGCCCAACGGGAGCUUCUAAGGCCUUCGAUUCUGCUGCAGAUGGAUACUGCCGAGGGGAAGGAUGCGGUCUUGUCGUGCUCAAGAAACUCUCCGAUGCAGUAGCCGCGUCAGACCCAAUUCUGGGUGUUAUUGCCGGUUCAGCAAUCAACCAGAGUGAGAACUGUGUCUCGAUCACGGUUCCUCACGCUGGCUCUCAGAGUGCUCUUUACCGCAAAGUCUUAGCCCAAUCAAACUUACAACCCUCGGAUAUCACCUAUGUCGAGGCCCACGGCACGGGGACCCCCGUAGGUGACCCGAUCGAAUGGCAAAGCAUUCGUGCUGUCUUUGGGGGACCUCAACGAGAAAUAAAUAGCGACGAGAUUGAUAUUAAAAGAGUAUUGCAUGUCGGAUCUGUCAAAGGAAAUAUUGGCCAUCUAGAAGCCGCCUCAGGGGUUGCUGCACUCAUCAAGUCCGUCCUGAUGAUCCAAAAAGGCGAAAUCCCGAAGCAAGCCAGUUUUGUCUCAAUUAACCCCCGAAUUCCUACUUCGGACCUAGACCAUAUGACCAUAGCCACACAAACAGUUCCAUGGAAUCCAGGCUUUCGUGGUAUUUGUGUUAAUAACUAUGGAGCGUCGGGGACGAAUGGUGCGCUUAUUGUGUGCCAAACGCCCGAUUCCCUAUCAUCAUCAUCCACAAUACCCAAAAUCUCAGCUCCAAGAAAACAUCUCGUUUCUAUUACUGCUCAUUCCCGUUGGAGCCUUGAGACAUACUGCUCUUUGUUACUUCGACAAACACUUUCUGCAAGCCAAGAAAAGUUCAGUUUAGCAGACUAUGCUUUUAAUCUCUCACACAAACAGGACCUCAACGCUAAGCACCGGAGAACCGCUGCUAUAAAGUCCAUGGAAGAAUUUCGUUCUUUACUCGGCGAUUGGCGGGAGGACAAGGGAGAUGGCGAGCAUGAUCAGCAGGCCCUCCAGACGCAACAAUCACCUGGACAGCCAAAGCCAAUAGUCUUAUGUUUCGGUGGACAGUCCAGUAAUAUCAUUGGCUUGGAUAAAUUGGUUUAUGAUACCAUUGUACUUUUCCGUUUUCAUCUUGACGAGGUCAACACGGUUUUGAAUGAGCAAGGUGACGGUGUUACCAUUUAUCCUCAUAUAUUCAGCAAGGACCCUAUUUCCAAUCCCGUGGCUUUACAUUGUUCCUUAUUUGCCAUCCAGUACGCUUGCGCUAUGUCCUGGAUUGAUUCUGGAGUGACUGUUAAAACUGUCAUCGGCCACAGCUUCGGUCAGAUCACAGCGCUCUGCAUUUCUGGGGUGCUAUCUUUAAAUGACGCUGUGAGAUAUGUCUCCGGUCGUGCAUCUCUUUUUGCAAAUAAAUGGAAGUUGGAAACAGGCGCAAUGAUAACCGCAAGAGCACCAGAUAUUGAUGGAAUCUUACCAGCACUCAUGAGGACUAUUUUGCCAGAGUCCCUUGAGGUAGCAUGCUAUAACAGUUCAUCUGACCUUGUUUUAGCUGGCUCAACGUCGGCCGUUGAAACAUUCAAAAUCGCAGCGGAAGCGAUGUCAAAUAUUGAAGUGAAGACACUAGACAAUGAUCGAGCAUUCCAUUCAAGUCUCAUGGAUGGCAUACUUCCUGAUCUGUCGCGACUCGCCGCUAGCUUGACUUUUAGGACUCCUAAUAUCAAUAUUGAGACCUGCACCCAAGGCAAUAGCUGGACUAGCUUUACUGCCGACAACCUCGUCGCACAUUCUCGCCGACCGGUGUUUUUCAGGGAUGCUGUAAAAAGGAUCCAACAACGCCUAGGAGCUUCUUGUAUCUGGCUUGAAGCAGGCUCCAGGUCUUCCAUUAUACAUUUGGUUUCGAAAUGCAUCAGUCGUGACCCACAAGAGUCAAUGCUUCUGCCUGUGGAUCUCUCAAAUAGCGACCGGUCGCUUGAUUCGCUGUUAAAUACCACCCUCCGACUUUGCGGUAUUGGAGGCUAUACGCGAGUACAGUACUGGCCGUAUCAUCGCCGACAACGAUCCUACUACAAGUACAUUAACCUACCACCUUAUCAAUUUGAUAUGUCGCGGUAUUGGUUGGAGUACAAAGACUCAUUACAGGACAGUGGUAACCCAAACACCAAAUCCACUAUCGCCGACAAUGAAACUCAUAGACUACUUCGAUUCGUUGGAUAUGCUCCUGACAGUAAGAAUACUGCAGUCUUUGCGGUUAAUCCACAGUGUUCAGACUUUCAGACAGCCGUAAGCGGGCAUGCGGUCAUGGGAAAGGGUCUCUGUCCCGCAUCCCUCUACGUAGAGCUUGCCGCUCAGUCGAUUUGUUACCUCUCUAGCCGUGACGACAAGCAUCGCGUAACCGAAGCUGCUACGAAUUCUUUACCCCAAGUGACCGAGUUGCGAAUCCUUGCUCCCUUGGGUAUGGAUACCUCGAAUUCAAUUCAUAUCGAACUGUCGCCUUCUGCCGACACUGGUGGUCGAGGCUGGACAUUUUCUUUGACUAGCUAUCACCAGUUUUCUCCCAAGACGAGUACUUGCCACGCAUCAGGAAUAAUACAUCUUCAAGGCAUAGACGAUGUGCGUCUCUGCGCUGAACGCAGUGCACUCGAGCGUUUUGUGGGUAAUAAUCGCUGCCUAACGUUGCUCGAGGAUCGCCUAGCGGAAUCCAUGCAAGGAUCGAUUGUAUACCGGGUGUUCGACAGGGUGGUAAACUACAAGCGCUAUUACCAGGGUAUCCAGCGGCUUGCUUCAAAGGGCACCGAGGUUGCGGGUGUUGUUUCCAUGCUUGAAGAAUCUACCUCUCCCCUGGCUAAUAACACCUUGGAACCGUUUCUCAUGGACAACUUUCUUCAGGUGGCAGGUUUACACGUCAACUGCCUUCGAGAUAUUCUUCGAAAUGAUGUUUAUAUAUGUACUGCUAUUAAACACAUACAGAUUUAUGAGACCCUGAAAUCACGAGGAACAGCAAAAGACCCUCCCUCUUGGAAUGUCUAUGGAUACACGAAGGACCUUGACGAUGUGAAAAGGAAUCUCGAAAGCGAUAUCCUAGUCUUCAAUGGAGCUACGAAGUCACUAGCAGUGACACUUUUAGGUGUCAGGUUUUCGAGGGUGAAUAUGAAUUCACUGGGGAAGACUCUGUCUGCCAUUAAUUCCACUGCGGAAGUUACUAAAUCUGCAGCGUCAAAUGAGCCCAUGAUUUCCCACUCUAUGAAAAACCGGGCUAGUGAAGAGCUGUUGGCUUCCACCGUUGCUAUUGAAAUUGCAAAAGAGCGAAAAGACUUACCAUAUCCUAACAAUGUGGCUACGCUGUCUUCACUUCAUACACAGUUGAAAGAGCUUCUUAGCAGUUUUACAGACAUCCCUGUGAACGAAAUUGACGAAAAUGAAACUUCAGAAGCCCUUGGAAUCGACUCACUCAUGGAAACGGAAGUUUUAUCAGAAAUACGGCGCGCAUUCGGUGUAGAAGUGCCUGCCGAUGCGUUUCGGGGAAUGUCAGUAGCGGAUUUGUUAAGUCUCCUCGGAUCCGAUGAGCCUUCCACUUCAGAUUCCGCUAGAUAUCCGGUUCCUUCGUCGGAUGUUUCUAUUCAGGGUACCCAGUUUUCAAGCGUCUCUACAUCGUCUCUAUUCCAAGAAAUAGAUCCGUCGAAAACAGCCUCUUUCCACAAGGAGAACGUUCAGAGUGACUUUUCCACUAAUACGAGUUCGCAUGAUCUUCUAUGGUCAGCUAUUGAAACAGAACCGAGUCAAAAACCAAUUUUUAUUAAAGAUAUUCACGAAGCGUUCUCAACUGUCAAAGGUGAAAUGAUCAUUGGCACUGGGCUUUCUGGGUUUUAUACCAACGUUCAUCCGAGACAGUCGAACUUGGUCACAGCUUACAUUGUGGAAGCUUUUGAUACACUUGGUUGUUCUCUCAACAAAAUUCCUCGAGACGAACCUGUAAUGGUCAUUCCUCAUACUCACAAACACAAAAAGAUAGUGCGUCAACUCUACGAAAUUUUAGAAGCUGUUGGUAUCGUUUCCCGAUAUGGUGACGGUGUUUACAAACGAACUGGGUAUUCAAUUGACCUUUCCUCUUCCGAAAGCCUACUUAAAAAUAUCUUACACGACUUUCCCCGGCACUCAGACGAACACAGACUUCUUUCAAUAACUGGACCUCGACUUGCAGAUUGUUUGUGCGGGAAAACGGAGGCUAUCAGCCUGAUAUUUGGUAGCCGAGAAAACAAAGAGUUACUGGCAAAUGUUUACCUCAACGCUCCGAUGUUCGCAGCUGGCACAAAGCUGCUUUUCAAUUUUUUAACACGUCUAUUGACACCAACGCUACCUAAAAUCAACAACAACAGUGACAAUAACGGCGAAAAACCACAGAAAUGUAUACGGAUACUAGAAAUCGGUGCUGGUACUGGCGGAACGACGAAAGGGGUGAUUUCAGCUCUUGCGGCUUGUAACAUUCCCUUCCAGUACACUUUCAGCGAUAUAUCAGCUUCACUAGUUGCUACCGCAAAACAGAAAUUCGCUUUCUGCGAGGAAAUGACAGGAUUCGCUGUUAUGGACAUUGAACAAGAGCCAAGCCCGGAAUUUAUCGGUGAGUAUGAUAUUGUCAUUUCGACAAACUGUAUUCAUGCGACGAGAAACCUAACCGCCACGACGACAAACAUCCGCAAACUACUUGUCCCCGGUGGCCUUCUUUGUUUAGUGGAGCUAACACGAAAUCUACAUUGGUUUGAUUUGGUUUUUGGCUUGCUAGAAGGCUGGUGGUUGUUUGAAGACGGCCGAAGGCAUGCUCUUGCUUCUGAGUUUGUUUGGAGAGAGUGUUUGAUGAAUGCGGGAUAUGAUUAUGUCGAUUGGACGGGAGGUGAUUGCAAGGAAUCGGAACUUCUACGUUUAAUUAUUGCUGUGAAUCCUUCCGGCGCACGAAAAAAAUCAUUUUCCACGCAGCAGACCGCCGUACAAGGUAUCAAUCAGCAAAAUGAGCCGGAAGGGUUGGGUCACGAUUCUAUCCGAGGCGUCCUUCCUGUACCCGUACCUGUCUCUGUACCACCAGGUCCACCUUUGAGCAUUGAGAAGGGUGGAGUUGUUCUUUUGACCGGUGCAACAGGAAGCCUAGGAAGCCAUUUACUGCAACAUUUGCUCAGCCGUUCAGAUGUCCGUCGUGUGGUUUGUCUUAAUCGCCUGACCGCUCAAGAUGCUGUCUAUCGACAGGCCAAAGCAUUGAAAAGUCGCAAUAUUGAAAUAAGCCCGCAAAACUGGUCUAGGCUUCAAAUCAUGGAAAGCAAAACCGAGCGUCCAAAGCUCGGUCUGGAUGAUGUGGUUUACAGCACCUUGUGUGAUGAUGUGACGCAUAUAGUCCAUAAUGCUUGGCCCAUGAGUUUUCGGCGUCCGCUCAACUCGUUUGAACCGCAGUUCAAGACUCUGGAAAAUCUUAUCCAGUUUGCUCGUGAUAUUCGAAAAAGAAAAGAACGGUUUUCUAUGAGACCUCGGCUUCUAUUCGUUUCCUCCGUUGGGGCUGUGGGACAACAUUCUGCCAUAGAAAAAAACCACGCUAUACCAGAGGUGCCUGUUUUAAGUGCUUCUGGUCUAGAAAUGGGUUACGCACAAGCAAAAAUUCUUUGCGAAAAAAUGAUACAAGAUGUCCAUUUGGAAGAAUCAGAGGCAGACAGGAUCGAGGCAACAUUCGCUCGCAUUGGACAAAUGACAGGAUCUCGAAUGAACGGGGUUUGGAAUCCCGAGGAGCACAUUCCAGCUUUACUUCGAUCAUCACAAACUGUUGGUGCGUUGCCUUGGAUUGAUGGGACAGCUGCUUGGCUACCAGUCGAUGUAGCAGCUGCGGUAGUUGGCGAUCUGUUGCUUGACCCCCGACCACCUCGUCUUGUUUACCAUGUGGAGAACCCUAUUCGCCAGUCGUGGGUUAAACUAAUAGAGCAGUUGUCCAACCUCCUUGGUAUUUGCACAACGAUACCGUAUCGCGACUGGUUAGAUCGAGUACAGGGAGUACCUGACACAAAGGGGGAAAAUGAUGACGCCAACCCUGCUAAGCGAAUCUUUGACUUCUUUGAGAAGGAUUUUAUACGUAUGGACUGUGGUGGUGUCAUUUUAGACACGACCUUUACACAGACUAUCUCACACACCCUACGAGAAACAAUACCAGUUGAUCCGGAAACGUUGGCGCAUUAUGUAUCAAACUGGAAACGCACUGGUUUUUUGAAGUGA